CUUCCAGCUACAGUUUUAUUCUGAGCAUUAGUGAAGAGGAAGCCAGGGUGAAGGCUUUGAACGAGUACCUGAGCACUCGUAGUUAUAUCCAGGGGUUCACAUUUUCACAUGCAGAUGUGGAGGUAUUCAAAAAGUUUUCGGGGCCACCUGUGGACCAGUAUAUCCAUGUUGUCCGGUGGUACAGACACAUAGAAGCAAUCUAUGAUGGCAGCAGUGAAAAAAAUGAGCCUUGUAAACUUCAAACAAGUAAAGGCAAGCGUGUGCAGCCCCCCUGGUCUCCCCCAGAAGGGACAAAACAUUCUAGGCUCUGCCUCUACAACAGUCUGACUCGCAAUAAGGAAAUCUUUCAGCCUCAGAAUGGAAAAAAGGUCCUGUGGUAUUGCUGUGGUCCAACAGUUUAUGAUGCAUCGCACAUGGGACAUGCCAGGUCAUACAUCUCAUUUGAUAUCCUGAGAAGAAUCUUGAGGGAUUAUUUUAAAUAUGAUGUUUUCUAUUGUAUGAAUAUUACAGAUAUUGAUGAUAAGAUCAUCAAGAGAGCAAGACAAAAUUACCUUUUUGAACGAUAUAGGGAGAACAAAUCAGCACCAGCUCAGCUACUUGAAGAUGUUAAAACUGCCUCAGAGCUCUUUUCAAUUAAAUUAAAUGAGACAACAGACCCAGAUAAAAAGCAAAUGUUGGAAAGAAUUCAGGAUGCAGUGAAGUCUGCUUUUGGCCCUCUGCAAGAAGCUGUGCAAGCCAAACUCCCUGCAGAAGACAUCAACAGAUGUCAUGAGAUACUGUUGGAAGAAGCCAAGGAUUUGCUGUCUGACUGGUUAGACACAAGAUUUGGCAGUCAGGUGACUGACAAUUCCAUAUUCUCAAAGCUUCCCAAAUUCUGGGAAGGGGAAUUUCAUAAAGAUAUGGAAGCACUCAAC